AUGUUUUAUGAGGUUGACAGACGGAUCGUGUUGCCCCCGCUGCUUCCUGGUGUGCGAGUCGUGGUGGUGGCUUACGCUUGGCUGUGUUUGUGUUUGCUGAACGAGAGCCAGAUGCUGACCACAUCCCCUGCUCCCCAAACCUCAGGUCGUGUGGUAAUAAGCGCUAGAUGGAGACUCGUGGCUACUAGACUGGCAGAGAGAAAGGUGGCAACCGUGACCUUGUGUUGGGUAUAA